AUGACCAGCUUUGUGCGCCAGCUCAACAUGUAUGGCUUCCACAAAGUGGUACAUAUGGACGCUGGCUUGCCUAAAGCUGACAGCCAGGUUAAUUGUGUCGAGUUUCAGCACGAGAACUUCCAGAGAGCUCAACCUCAUCUGUUGGGCCUCAUCCGCAGGAAGGUUUCAGUUAGCCGUGGAGUUGAAGAGGGAGGGCAGGUGUCUCAGGUACUCAUUCAGGUUAGUCAUGUCAGAGGCUGGCAAGACUCCUCAAACCUCAAACUCAUGGCAUUGUGCAGGUGAGCUUUUCUCUGUAACAAGUACACUAUUCAUCAGUGUAAAGCUACACUUCAGCCUCGUUUAUACAUUUAAGAGUGGAUGUCAGUGGAACUGUCAGUGCUUAUUUCCUAAUAUGUCACUUCAAAUACCAUUCAAAAACAUUAAAAAAGAUUUGAAAAUUAUUACUUAU